CGAUAUGUAUGAAUGGAUUGAACACAUGUUGGCAUUAAAGGGCUCUUAACUUAAGAGUCUUAAGACACGUGCAGACAGUGUUGACAACCGUAUGAUUGGUAUGAAUAGCGAAAUGAGUGGCGAAUCGACGACACCAUCGACUCCAGUGAAGACAGAAUCGACUGAAGUGUCCGCUGAAGACGUGUUUUCCUACACCAGAAGAGAUGAGUUCACGUCCGAGACGCUGAAGAUUGAGAUCCGAAACCUACCCAAACAUGUGGGCUAUGAUACAUUGAAGAAACUGCUGAAACGUCUGGACUUAAAGCCACUGAAGACGAAACUGAUCGGACGGCCGGGCGCUCCGACCCAUUCGUUUGUGACCUUCCGGUGCGAUGAGGACAGGGAGGAGGCCAUCAAUAAACUGCAUAAGUAUUUGUGGAAAAACAGGGAACUGGUGGUGAAGAAAGCGAAUCCAAUCGCCGACCCAUUGGUUGAGAAACGCAAUGAACGGAGACGUGAAGACAAUGCGGACGCGAAGCGAUUGAAACGCCUCGAAGACAGUGAGGUCUCUGAGGAACAGUUGGCCGACACUCUCAACGAUAAGAUCGCAUCGCUUUGGCGAAUGUCUUAUUCACAACAGUUGACCGAAAAAUACCAUUUAUUAAAGACUUGUUUAUUGAGUCUCAACAAAGAGUUGACGAAAAUCGUGACCCAAUCGGGCGAAGAGUCCACUUCGUUGGGCGUAUGGCUGACACGAGUCACUCACGAGUACGACAACAAGUGUUGUCCGCUCGAAGACAUCAGAGUUUCAACGCUUAUCAAUGGGUACCGAAAUAAGUGUGAAUUCACGGUCGGUAUCGACAAGACUGUGGGCUUUCGGUUGGGGCUCUACAGAGAGGGAACCGUUCGGGUGAUCUCACCGCCUAUUAAUUGUCCCAUAAUUAGCGAUCACAUGAGGAGCGCUAUGAAUGCCGUCCAGACCUAUAUUACCACCAAAAGUAGACUCAAUGGCUUCGAUCCCGAGACCCAUUCGGGGCAUUGGAUUCAGGCGACAGUUAGGACAGCGAGCACUGGAUCUAUGAUUAUUCUGGUACUAAAUCCACAGCAAUUGACCGCCGAGGAGAUAACCCAAGAAAAGGCCGACAUUUUGCACUUCUUU